AUGUUAUCGAUAAACAUUAUUCUACCGUCAGCUGUUUGAUUAUUUACAUAUGAAUUAACUAAAUAGUAAUUAAGCGGUUAUUUGUAUACAAAUGCAAAAAUGGAAUGUACCCAAGAAAAUGGCAAGCAUUUGUGUCGAGUCUGUAUGGAUAGUUCUCUCACUUUGAUCGAGAUCUUCUCCAAGCAACAGGUGACUGAUCUUUGUUAUCCAGCCUUGCCGGAUAUGAUAAACAAUGUAUUAGAGGAGAACUAUCAAGUCAAGCAAGAUGCACUGCCUCAACAUAUUUGUCUGGAUUGUGUAUUAGCAGCCGAAAAUGCUUUUCAUUUCAAACAGCGAUGCCAACAAAGUUUUAGCCAUUUCUGUCAACUUUUAAAAGGGCAACGAAUUGAGGAUGCAGAAAACCCAGUCGGAUUAAGAAAAGAAGCGAAAGAGACCGACAUACAUGUGACCAAGAACAUGGUGGCUAGCUGUCAGUUCGUACAGGUGAUGUUGAAUGAUACAACAGAGGACGACAAAGUCAUAGCUUUACAAGAUAUAUCUGAUCCCAAAUCAGAUGGAGGUAUUCUCAGAGCAGACAAGAAAGAGAUGGAAUCUCUGCUCUGUACCGAGUGUGGUAUGACUUUAAAGUCGGAAAACUCUCUUAGCCUGCAUAUGGGUGGUCAAAAGAGAAUUGUAGAUCGUUGUCAUCUCUGUGAGACUUGCGGAAAGGAUUUUAAAUCCAAGGCCCAAUUGAUUAUUCACACACGUUCCCAUACAGGCGAACGUCCGUUUAAGUGUCAUCAUUGCGAUAAGUCUUACUCGCAGCGUACAACACUGCGUAUGCAUUUGGUUACCCACGGCGAGGAUCGUCCCUUCAACUGUCAACAAUGUGAUAAAACUGUCUAUCUUCAUCGCAAUCUUAAAGCCCAUCAGCGACGACACAAUGGCUUGCGGCCUUUCCAAUGUCCCAGCUGCCCGCUGGCUUUUACCAAAAAUGCGAAUCUUAAGACCCAUCUGCGUUUGCACACAGGAGAACGGCCCUUUAAAUGUACAAUAUGUGAUUUAAGUUUUCGACAGAAACAGCACUUAAUCAUUCAUCUGAGAGGACAUAACGAUGAUCGUCCCUACAAGUGCUUGCAAUGUGACAAAUCCUUUUUUGUCGAUGCAAAUUUAAAGAAACACAUACGUGUCCACACCGGUGAGAAGCCAUUCAAGUGUGAAACCUGUGGCCAGGCCUUUUCGCAUAAUCACCAUCUGAAGUCCCAUUUGCGUAUCCAUACGGGCGAGCGUCCCUACAAGUGCACAGAGUGUGAUAAGCUAUUUGCCUCAAAUCAAUCCUUGCAAAAGCAUCUCAUCUGGCAUCAAGAUAAUAAGGACAAACCCCACAAGUGUCCACAUUGCCCCAAGGGAUUCGAUAAUUUCAGAAAUUUAAAGUAUCAUCUUCGCAUUCACAUCAAAGCACCAAUUAAUCUUCCCGAGGAGAAAACUUUCCCACACAAAUGUCCUUUUUGCGAUAUUGGCUUUGAGUUAAAAAGAAUACUGGAAACGCAUUUAAUCACGCAUAAGGCGAGACCAUAUCAAUGUGAACAAUGUCCCAAAGGAUUCUCCCAUCCUCAGACGUUAAAGAAACACAUUAGAACAAUACACAAUAAUAUUGAGAGGGAUAAAUAAAAUAAAAUUG